AUGCCGGGCCACCUCAAACGGAAACGCCCUAGCGGGGGACCUGGGCCCUCUGCCGCUGCUAGAAACACGGCUGCGACAGUUCCUGCGCCCGCAGCAUCACGCCGAGCGACGCGACAAAGCUCAAUCCCCCCGCUCCCCGUUCCCGAAGACCCAGAACCAAGGCGACGACGGCGAAGGGUACAACGUGCCGGUGGUGGCAGGGGCGGUGGUGACGGAGAUGGGCCUCCCAUUGAGUUGUCGCCAGCGUCCCUUUCCCCACACGGGAAGGAAAAUGUGCUGGUCCAUGUGCCAAAGCCGCUGACGCGAAUGGCUCGGCAGAACGCCGCAGAAGCGCCUUCUUCUGCCCGCCCUUCUCGCUCCAAACUCAACCUUUCCAAGUUAACAAAGUUAUCAUCUCCCGUUCGAACCAUCACGAUGCCACCACCCGAUACACCACAACCGACCACACCUUUGCGCUUUCCUCAAUCGGCAGGACGCGGCCGCCACCAAAGUAACAAUACACCACUAGUUUCGCAAUCGGUUUCGCUAGGACGAACCACGCCAAUAACUAUGGCGACUUCAGCGACCCAACCAACGCAAAUCCCGAAGCGAAGUCAAACCCAAGCACCCAGUGACGCUGCGAAAAGUACCGACGGCGCGACACAGCCGGAUCGCAAUAUUGAUAAGAUUGUGCUAGGCGACAUUUGUUUCCCGGCCUGGUACUCGUCGUACUACGGAAAAGAGCUGCUCGGUGGCGUCCCAGGCAACAGCGCCAAAAGCGGGAAUGGAACCAAAGCCAGCGGAAACCUGGCAACCUCGCUCCCGUACGAGGGAAGCAAGGAAGACACAAACAGGGCAACAGCCCACGGCCGACGCGAUCGUGACCAUCCGGGCAUCAUCAACAUGCUUUACGUGUGCCCAAGAUGUUUCAAAUAUUCCAGAGAACUAGUCACGUGGUGGGAACACGUGCACUGGUGCGAGAAGCAAGGUUACCUACCAGGUAACAAAAUUUACGCACAUCCUAAGGGCAAGCGGACCAUCAUGGUGCCGUCACAUCCAGCCCCCAAGCAGAGCAGAGGCAAACGCGGCAGCGUCGGCCAGAGAAUGAUCCAAGAGGAGGUACACGACGAGGGCGAAUGGAGCAUCCGGGAGGUGGACGGCGGGGACGACAUGCUCUUUUGCCAGAACCUGUCUCUCUUCGGGAAGCUAUUUCUCGAGACCAAAUCCGUUUUCUUUGAUGUGACAGACUUCAAAUACUUCCUCUUGGUCUACACAUCACCAGCCACCCCGCCAACCGCCGCGAACGCCACCAAAACCGAGGCACCGCCCAAGGACGAGAACAGCCGCAGUCAGAUUGUCGGCUUUUUUUCCAAAGAGAAGAUGUCUUGGGACAACAAUAACCUGGCCUGCAUCCUCGUUUUCCCACCAUGGCAGCGCAAGGGCUUGGGCUCACUGCUCAUGGGCGUCUCGUACGAAAUCUCGCGCCGCGAGGGUGUCAUCGGCGGACCCGAAAAACCCAUUUCCGACCUCGGGAAACGGGGCUACAACCACUUUUGGGCCGGCGAGAUCUGUCGUUGGCUUCUCAGCCUGACACCCACAGCCACCUCUCUCCCAACCUCGACCGCCGCCCCCGCCAACGGAGGCGCCACGGCCGCGACGAGGGGAGAACCUGAACUCGUCGUGGACGUCGAGGCCUGCAGCCGGGCGACCUGGAUCGCGCCCGACGACUGCCUGGGUGUGCUGCGGGAGAUGGGUCUGGCGGGGGAGGCCGGCACGGGCCCGCCGCCCGCCUCGCGCGCGACGAGAGCCGCGGGCGCCAACACCGACGCCGCCGCUGCCGCGGAAGCGUCGUCGUCGGCGGCGGAGCCCACGGCGGCCACGGACCAGAUGGUGCGCAGGGUCCGCAUCUCGCAGGCGGCUGUGCGGGAGUGGGUUGCUAAGCACAAGGUUAGCUUGGAGAAGGCGUGUGACCCGGACGGGUUUGUCGAGGGGUAUGCCCUCAAGGGGAAAGGGAAGGCGGCGGCGGAGGAGGAGGCUGUGUGA